AUGGAGUUGAUGUGCAGCAGUUAUCUGGAGUGUGGAAAGCAGACAUUUGCCAUGGAGAAAUAUUGUUUCAGAAACUGUUUGCAGUGGAGGACCAAAGGCAGUGGGAUAUUGAGAGUGGAGCUCAUAAGGAUGAAUGCAGAGUUGCUGCGGCUGCUUUCCCCGGUGCGGCAGGUGCGGGAGCAGGGGAGGGAGUGCGAGGGCCUGCCGGUGCUGCUCAGCCUGCUGCACGGGGAGCACCUGAAGCUGAUGUGGAGCGUAGUGUGGGUCCUGGUCCAGCUGUGUGAGGAGCCAGACACCAGCGCCGAGAUACGCACCUGGGGAGGGGUGCAACAGCUGCUCCACAUUCUCGACAGGUGAGAGGCUACCUCUGGAUAGACUAAAGAAGUAUCAUAAAAGUUCAUGGAGAGCAUAGGAGUUCACUGGGUCAAAUGCAGUAUAUUGGGUGAGGCCUAGGUUAGUGCAUGUUA